ACUCCUCUAUUGGGAUUCACUGAGGCUGCGCAGAGUCGCGAGCUCCACCGCCUGCUCCCUAUGUGCGUCCACUGUUGUUCAAAGCUAUCGGAGAGCAAACUGGGAUCUUCAGUGUUUAAUGGGAAACAGAUUUAAAAUCCGCAGACAAAUCAGACCGGAGGAGGAGGAGAGGAAGAGCUGCAGGAGAGAAGAAGGAGAGACACCGGAGGAGGAGGGGAGGAGGGCAGGGAGGAGGACAAGAAUCGGGACAGGAUAAUGCUGCAGAUUUAACUGAAAGAUGUCCAACGUUACCAUGGAAGCAACCACCAUGCUCCCGAUCCUUAAGAAGAAACUGGCCUUUCUGUCAGGGGGCAAAGACCGGCGCAGUGGUCUGAUCCUGACCAUCCCGCUCAGUUCAGACCAGACCAGCAUGGAGGAGCUCAGCACCACACUGGACUACCUGCUCAGCAUCCCCAGUCAGAAGUGUAAGGCUCGGGGUUUCACCGUCAUCGUGGACGGACGGAAGUCUCAGUGGAACAUCGUGAAGACUGUGGUGCUCAUGUUGCAGAACGUGAUUCCGGCCGAGGUGUCUCUGGUCUGCGUGGUGAAGCCGGAUGAAUUCUGGGACAAGAAGGUCACGCACUUCUGCUUCUGGAAGGAGAAAGACCGCCUGGGCUUCGAGGUGAUCCUGGUGUCGGCCAAUAAGCUGACGCGUUACAUUGAACCCUGUCAGCUGACGGACGACUUUGGGGGAAGUCUGGACUACGACCACAACGACUGGCUCAACAAGAGGCUGGUUUUCGAGAAGUUCACCCGGGAGUCGACGUCGCUGCUCGACGAGCUGACCAUCAUCAACGACGGCGACAAGGGCAGCGCGGUGGACAAGGAGAAAUCAGCUGACUGCGCCCUCUUGCCGUCCUUUGACCCUGAGACUGUCCUUCAGACAGGUCAUGAGCUGCUCUCAGAGCUGCAGCAGCGGCGUUUCAACGGCUCCGAGGGAGGAGGAGGCCAGGGAGGUCCAGCCUGGUGUCCCAUGGAGGAGGAGCUGCUGGCCCAGCCUCAGGUGAUGAAGCUGCUGGACUCGCUCAGGGAGCAGUACACCAGAUACCAGGAGCUCUGCAGGCAGCGAAACAAACGCACACAGCUGGAUGAGAUCCACGCCAAGGUCAUGCAGGUGGUCACCUGGCUGCAGGGUCCAGGUUCAGAGCUGUUGAAGACUCAGCAGGCGAUCGGGGACUCGACGCGAGCGGCUCAGGCUCUGCAGCAGAAACACGAGGAGAUCGAGAGCCAGCACAGUGAGUGGUUCGCGGUGUACGUGGAGUUGAACCAGCAGAUCGCCGCCUUGCUCAGCGCCGGGGAGGAGGAGGAGGUGGUGGAGCUGAAGGCGCUGCAGCAGCAGCUGAGCGACGUCUGCUACCAGCAGGCGGCUCAUCUGGAGGGCCGGCAGCACGUCCUGCAGGCGGCGCAGGGCUUCCACGGCACCACGCAAGAGUUGUCCCAGCAGCUGGACGGCCUGCUGGGCAUGCUCUGUGCUGACGUGGCUCCAGCCGACGGCGCCUCCAUUCAACAAAACCUCAAGCUGUUGGAGGAGAAGCUGCAGAUUGUCGAGGCAGGUCUCGCCUCUCUGCGCCAAAAGGGCGGACUGCUGAUGGAGCAGAUGUGCACCCAGCCGCCGUGGCCCCUGGAGGAGGCGGAGGAGAGUCCCGCUGGCGAGCAGCAGGACAGCGCUCAGCACGUCGAGACCGUGAUGGAGGAGUUGCAGCUCCGCAAGCAGAGGUGUGAGGACAUGGUGGACGUGAGGAGGCUGAAGAUGCUACAGAUGGUCCAACUGUUCAAAUGUGAAGAAGACGCUUUACAGUCAGUGGAGUGGCUCGGCGAGCUGUUGGACGCCCUGUUGAAGACCCACGUCAGACUGGGCGAUGACUCUCAGGAGUCCAGGACCAUGUUGGACAAACACAGGAAGUUUGUGGACGUCGCUCAGAGCACGUACGACUACGGCCGCCAGCUGCUGCAGGCCACCGUCGUCCUCUGUCAGUCCCUGCGCUGCACGACGCGCUCGUCCGGAGACACCCUGCCGAGGCUCAACCGAAUCUGGAAACAGUUCAGCGUCAGCGGCGAGGAGCGACAGCAGAGACUGGAGCUGGCCAUGAACUUCCACACGGCCGCCGAGAGGGUGUUGCAGCAGGAAUGUGUGGACCCUGAGGCUUUGGAUGAAGUCGACUCUUCUGGAAAAACUCUGCUGGACAGACUGACCUUGCCUGUCAUCUUCCCUGAUGGGACCGAGCAGUACUUCGGGAGUCCCAGCGACACGGCGGCGGCGGCUGAGGGCGUCAGGGAGCGCCUCCUGCUGGUGGAGGAGCGACGGCUGCAGCUGCAGGAGGUGGAGCUGCACGAGGAGGAGGAGGAGGAGGAGGAGGAGGAGGAGGAAGAGGAAGAGGAAGAGGAAGAGGUGGGGGUGCUAAACGGGAAGGAGGCGCGGCUGGACGUGAUCGGCGAGGAACUGAGCGAGAAAGAGGAGCAAGAUGAUGAGGAAGAGGAGGAGCAGCAGGAUGAAGACUUAGAGAGGGCCACACAGGACUGCUAGUGGGCGUUAACCCGAGCGGCCUCAGUGAAGCUCGUUGGCGAAGGGCAGCUGAUUAACUUCUACCGAAAAAGCUGCGACCGGUUGCUUCCGUCUCCCAGCAGUUCGUUCCUGCCGCUGCUAUUUCUCUAUAUUAAGACUGCAUUUCCCAUCAGCCUCACCCUUCCUGAAAGAUGGGGAGACAUGUUGGAUGUGAUCCUCGUCGCUCCGAUCAGCAGAAACUGUGAGAGCCCUGGAACGACGGCGCCCUCUUAACCGUUUUCCUGCCAUGAACGCCGUCCAGAUGGAGCUGUAAAAUACUGGAACUAUUCAUAUUCACGUCUCUGGAUGCUCCGUUGGCGACAGGCCGGCUGUAUAAUAAUGUUUGGAUAAGAAUUCCUCAACUUAUAGUUGAUGCCGCCUCCUCUUUCCCAGCAUGCCUCUUGUCCACCUGAGUGGGUGGAGCUUCCACGGUGCUAACACGGUUACCAAGGUUUUCGUCCGUGCCUCCUUUCGCUGUUCUUGCUUCCUCGCCCCCUUUUUAUUUCCCCCUCCCCCCCUGAGGGCAGAUGAACUCAUUGGCCUGUACAGGAGGGGCGGAGCCACAGCAUAUCAGGUGUCAGCGGCCCUGUAUGUUUCUCCCACAGGUGCGUCAGGUGACUGGGGGAGGCGCGGAACUCUCCGGGCUGAAAAACAUGCGCAAUUAAGCAAAGCAGCUUGUGGAGACAACCACAAGUCCCAAAGAGAACGUCCCACCUUAAACAAGAUAUCGUUUUACUUCGGCCUCCUAUGACCCGAGGAUAUACCCCGGGAUACAGUAACAAACUAAGAUGAAAAUAAAUGUGUAAUACGAUUUUACAUUUAGAGCAUUGAUUAUUGAGUUUUGUGCACAAAUUUUUUAUUUUCUCUCGCGGCCUCUAUAUAUAUAUAUUACAGGUUCGACCACAUUAAUACUGGAGUGGAAACGUGCAGAAAAGGAGAACGAUUUUUGAUUUAUGGUGAAAAAACAUUUUAACUCGAGUUCGCCUGAUUGGACGUUCCCUGAAAUGGUUUCUGGGACUUGUAGUUGUAACAUUAGUCUUUCCAUGAUGACCAUGUCGCUGUUUUAAAUAGGCCCGCUGUCUUUAUGACGUAAUGCCGCUUUUCCCUGAUGCAGACAUCAGAAUAAGAACAAUUCCCUUUUCUAUUUAUUUUCACUUUGUUUUUCCAAACAAAACUUACCGCGACUGGUCGGUAUUCUUUGACCAAUAACUGCUGCUGUAAGUGUAACCGCUAAAUACUGCGUUUUGCUCUCUGUCCAAUAAUAUAUACAUGACAUCAUCCUCCAAAUAAAGAAGCUUUUUAAAGUGG